GGAAGUGACGUCGAAGCGGAAGCGGAAGCUCCGGAAGGCGGAGGAGGCAGCAGCAGCAGCAGCGGAGGCAGCAACGCCGGCAGGAGGGCGGCCAUGGUGGACUACAGCGUCUGGGACCACAUCGAGGUGUCCGACGAUGAGGACGAGACUCACCCCAACAUCGACACGCCCAGCCUCUUCCGAUGGCGGCACCAGGUGAGGGGGAGAGGGAGGGAGCCCGUCCCGCCCCGCCUGCAGAAGCUCCUCAGGUGCAGCAGCUUCCCUUCCCGCCAGGCUCCUGCGCCGGCGGAGUGUCUUCCCUCCGCUUUCGGAAAGGCCGGCCUGCUCCCCCUCCUCCGUCUCCUUCAGGCUCCCCCCGCCCUGCCCUCUCCGCCGCAGCCUUUGCGAGCGACGCUCUCGGCCAGGGCGGCUCUCGAAACACGCCCGCCGCCACCCCGACCCCUUUCUCCGGCGAGCCUUCUCUACGCGACCCCUCGGAGGCCUGGAACUUCUUGAGCGCGCGCGGCUGAACGGGACGCGCCACUUUCCCGUUAUGCUCCUCCCUUCGCUUCUACCCCGAGCAGUGCCGGAUUUACCUAUAAGCUAAACAAGCCAUAGCUGAGGGCCCCGCUCUCUUGGGGGCCCCCCCAAAAAAUUAAAGGGAAAAAACCCUAGAUGUACAUUUCCAAAAUAUUAGAUAAAAAACAAAUAAAAUAAAGCCUAGAUACAGCAACAGUGUUUUGUGUUGUGUAGGCUCCUGUGAUGUAAGUAAUGGGCCCCGCCAGCUCCCUAAAAUAUCACUGGUUUGCUCCUUUCUGUAUAUAGGAUGCCUACAUUCUGCAUGUGCACAUGGAUUUAGAUAUCGAUUACGUCCAUCGAUUACCAUAUAGCAUAUAUUCACAAAAACCAGCCACAAUUUGUUGGUGACAAAGGACAGGUGGACAUACAGUGGUGCUUCAGGUUACAGACGCUUCAGGUUACAGACUCCGCUAACCCAGAAAUAGUACCUCGGGUUAAGAACUUUGCUUCAGGAUGAGAACAGAAAUCGCGUGGCGGCGGCAGGAGUCCCCAUUAGCUAAAGUGGUACCUCAGGAACAGUUUCAGGUUAAGAACGGACCUCCAGAACAAAUUAAGUUCUUAACCCAAGGUACCACUGUAUCAUCAUUCAUCAUUUUAAAUUUGUAUACCCCCUUUCUAUCUUACAAUACUCAAGGCGGUUUACAAGCUGAAGAAACAAAAAAUGUACAUCUUGUAACAAUCUAAUGCAAUACAAAAAUGUGAUAGUAAAACAUAACUUUAAAAUAGGCAACCUCCAUCAAAAAAGUAAAAUUCAACAAUCAUUAGAAUAGUAUAAAAUAAUAAUAGCAACAUAUAAAAGUUAAACAGAAAUCCACUCAACGGUUACAGUAAUAUCUAAACCAUAAUCAAUAAAACAACGGCAAGUUACAGUACAUAAAACAAUACAAUACACAUUGAGAAGCAGAGGGUGGAGCAAGGCAGGUGGAAGGAGGCCUUGCCUGAUGGAGUCUCUCCCCUAUAAGCUAAACAAGCUAUAGCUAAGGGCCCCGCUUUCUUUGGGGCCACCCAAAAAUUUAAAGGGGGAAAAACUGGAUGUACAUUUCCAAAAUAUAAGAUAAAAAACAAAUAAUAUAAAACAGAUACAGCAAGAGUGUUUUGUGUUGUGUAGGCUCCUAUGGUGUAAGUAAUGGGCCCUGCCUGCUAGCCGGCUCCCUAAAAUAUCACUGCUUUGCUCAUUUCAGUAUAUAGGGUGCCUACAUUCUGCAUGUGCAAAUGGCUUUAGAUACCUAUUACGUCCAUCAGUUACCGUAUAGCAUAUAUUUAACACAAAAACCAGCCACAAUUUGUUUUGCAAUUUUGCUUUAUGAACAAGAUUGGUUUGCAGCCAAAUAAUGAAUUGAAAAACCUUAGUUUGCAACUGCCCAAAUGUUUAAUAAGAUUAGUGUUUACCAUGUGGGAAUGAAUGUGUAUGAUGCACAUGAAUAAAACUGAUAAAUGCAAAAAAUUAUGCUUGGUUUUCUCAGCAGCUCAAACUUUUUCCAGUUUCUAGCCUCACCUUAUGUAGGUUCAGAAGACACACAGCCCUGCGUGUAUUAAGUUUAAUGUGUGUCUUGUCAGUUUCCAAGGAACAGCAAGUUAAAAUGGCAAGAGUGUAAAGGCAGCAUAAUGCCAAAAAUGUCUAGAUCCCAGCUUACACUUCACAGUGUGUGAGAUCAGAGGAGAUGAUCAUCUCUUCUGACCUCCUUCCAUAUAGGCUGGGGGAUUAAUCCUACUAGGCAUAUCUUUUGCUGCACACAGGAGCCUCUGUCUAAAGCUUGCAAGCAUGAGCUUGAUGGAAUGACAAAUCAAGGAGAGGUUGCCAAAAAGAGUAAUGAUCUUGAAAUUGCAUAUACAGUAUGUGAUGGCUAUCCCUUUUGAAGGAAGAAUUGGCUUUGCUGCUCCUAUGUUUACAUUUUAUUUGCCCAUUUUAGUUGUAACGCUUCUUACAUUUGUAACGGCUUUAUCCUGCCUGAGCUCCCUGUUAGGACUACUGGUCCCCAUUCCCUUGCAGAGGCUAGAGGAAUUUGUCAAAUAACACAACGUUGCCUUGAAAACUCUGCUUGAUUCUUGCUAUUUUAACUUGCUGUGUUUAGAAACUAGAAAGUGUGUGUAAAAUGUUGGCAGAGCUUUUUGCCUUUGAAGCUUAAAGACUAGCAGAUUUAUUUGUGGCAUAUGUUUCCAUUAAGCCCAUUAUAUGUUGUGUGAAGUGUCCUCAGUUGACAGAUAUGGAGAUAAACACACAUGAGUACACUGCAAAAGGUAGCAGCAGUAAGUCUGUAAUUCUGUUAUACAGAAAUUUAUGCAAGAUAAGAAUGAGUGAUCCAUUCACAAUAUGAAGGAGUAAAGACAUUGUAAUAUUAUUGUUCUGUUAGUCUGAACUCCUGAAGUGAGACUGCUAUUUUCUAUGGAGUGAAAGACAAGCCAGGAAUCUGAAUUGAGCUAUUCAGCUUUGCUGAUAAAUUCUAGUUCAGCAAUCUCAUUUUGGAUAUGCUCCCUUUUGAAGUCUUGUAGUUGCUAUUGAAGUAUGAUGACUUCAAGGUCAGAGUAGCAGGGUGUACUUGGAAUUUGAAGUAUUCUCCUACUGGUUGCUGAAUAUUUUGACUUGCGAUACCAGAUUUCUGCCAGGAAAGCUUUGCCCAGAAAGCAAUGCCAGCCUUGUUUCCUGGGUUCCAAAACUCUCAGCGACCACCGCAGCAGCUACUCCACCCACCCACGCUGCUGUGUAUGCAGGAGCAGAAAGAUGUUUGUAGGUAGGAGGUAUUCAUGUGCGGAGCAGCUGCUGCUUCUUUGCUUGGCUGCUGUCUUUGUGCGGUAUACAUGCACUCCCUUUCUGCACAUGUAAAGGUUUGUGUGUGAGAGUUUUUUAUUAGUACAAUAAAAUCCCAACAAAUCGGCGAGCAAAAAAUAUAAAUAUAUAAAAUUGUAAAAUUCCAACAUAGGAGGGCCAAAAGAAAGCCUUGUCACAAGGAUGAAAAUAUGCUCUCAUCAAGCUUUUUAUAUCCCUCAUUUUUUGAGGCUAGAAGCCUGAACUGACAUUGAUAAAUAUUAAGGGUGGGAUCCACCUAGCAAGACCCAUCAGUGGAAGCCUUGCGCAAGGUCUUCUGCUUGUGCAACACAGCUUUCACACACACACACACACCCUCUCCUAAGACCUUAAAUUUGCUGGGUGUAUGUAUCAGGCAGACUCCUUGAACGAGGAGAGGGGGCUUGUUCUGUCUGAUAGGCUGAAGAGCUUGCUCUGACGGAACAAUCAACUUAAUGCAAUGUUGAAUUCUCCUCUUUAAAAAGCUUAACGCAGCCAGAAGAGUUAAGGCUACUCUCACCACCACUCUGUUCUAACCAUCCAAUCUGUGUAAUAACUGCUAAAUAACUUUUUUUAAAAACUAAAAUAAAUUGAAAUAAAAUUACAAAUACUUACAAUGUUAAUAGUUGCCAUAAAAAGAAACAGUCCAGUACCCUACACCAGGCUUUCUGGCCAAGUACAGACCCCUAGAAGCUUAGAAUAAGAAAGAUUAUAUCUUUGCUUUAUGCUGACCCAUGGGGGCCUUCAGUAGCAAUCUUCCCUGAUGCCUUCUGGUGCCCUUGCACGUGCUUACUAGUUAGUCUCCAUGUGGUGAAAGUGGAAAGUUGUUCCUUGGGCUGCAGGCUACAGGCUAUGAGUCAAAGGUUAAGAGCCCUUUAGCUCUUGUUCUUCAACUUGAGCUUCUGCCAGGAGCUUAAUAUUGCCUGGUUGGGAGGAGAAAACAGCUAGGAUUUUAUUUAUUUUUAAAAAGAUGAAUACAUCAGAUGUCCACCAGCUGGUGGCAGGGGACUUUGUCCCACAUUUCUCUGUCAACUGGAGGUUGUGUGUGUGUGUAAGGUCCUGGUCUCAGCUGACAGCACUACUCUAAACUAGAAAUGAACUAACCUUUUUGCGAUAGAAGGUGCCAGAUGGCUAUAUUUCAUACAGGUAACUUGGUGUACCUCAUUCUGGGUUGGAAGUGUCCCAGUAUUAACAUGAAGUAAUAAAGAGGCUGUAGUCACUUGGACUAUAUUGACUGAAUACAACCCAUUUUUCAGGCCCGAGUCGAGAGAAUGGAACAGUUCCACAAGGAGAAAGAAGAGGUGGACAAAGGGUGUCGGGAUUGCAAGCGGAAACUAGCUGAGUGUCAGAAGAAGAUAAAAGAGCUUGAAUUGGCCAACGUAGAUAGCACCAAAAGUGAGCUGCAAAGGCUGCAGGCUGAGGCACAGCAACUCAAGAAAGAAGAGAAGAGUUGGGAAGAGAAGGCGGACGAUCUCAGGAAGAAGGAAAAGAACAUGCCUUGGAAUGUGGACACACUCAGCAGAGAUGGCUUCAGUAAGGUGGGUCUCGUUGCUAUGCAGCUUUGAUUGAUAUGCACUCAUUUGCUACCGGGAAGACUCAGUGUCUAGCCUUAAACUAAAUUAUGUGAAUUGCACAUAUCGGGGCCUUGGAUGACUUUUUACACAUAUCAGAAAAACUGUAUGAAAGAUCUUGUUCAGUUAAAAAUCUUGUUCAAUACCCUGGCCUAUAUAAAUUCGGAUCCAGUUACUUGAAGGAAUGCUUUCUCCCAUGUCCACCUGCCCAUGCAUUGUUAAGACCUGUGGCAGAGGACCUUCUGGUAGUGCUACAGCCACCUAAAAUAUUCCAGGCAGCAACUCAGUGGAGGGUCUUCUCAGUGUUAGCAUUCCAGUUAUGAAACGCCUUCUGAGUUGCGCCUGGCACUGACUAUUAAGAGCUUUAUUUUUUUUAAAAAAAAUGAUAUUUAUUAAGGUUUCAAAAAAAAGGUUACAUAGACAAGAAAAAAAUAAGAAAAAAAUUAGAGACAAUAAAAAAUACAAAAUACAAAAAAAAUAAGGGACACUUAAAAACAAAUCAAUCUUUCCAUGCCUUACAUUUCAUUUCCUUGUUUCCCUGACUUCCUCACACCUCCCUUUUUUGUAUUCCAGUUCAGUUAGUUAAUUCAGCAAUUUCUUUCCCUCUUUGUUUUUGUCUUAAUCCUUUAACUUAAUAUAUUAUAACUUUGGAUUCUCAUCUGUUAACAAUCCAUUUUUACAUACACCUUUAUAACAUUGCUGCUAAAACCACUUAACUUCAUUCUGACAUCAUUCUAACAUUCAUUAAUUUUGCAGUACAGUGGUGCCUCGCAAGACGAAAAGAAUCCGUUCUGGGAGUCUCUUCGUCUAGCGGUUUUUUCGUCUUGCGAAGCAAGCCCAUUGAUGGGAUUAGCGGAUUAGCGCUAUUAGCGGCUUUUAGCGGCUUUUAGCAGCUUAUCAGCUUAUCGGAUAAGCAGAUAAGCGGCUUAGCGACUAGAAAAGAGGGGGGAAAGGAAAAAAAACCCAGGAACUCGCAAGACAUUUUCGUCUUGCGAAGCAAGCCCAUAGCAGAUUCGUUUUGCGAGGCACCUCCAAAACAGAAAACUCUUUCGUCUAGCGAGUUUUCCGUCUUGCGAGGCAUUCGUCUUGCGGGGCACCACUGUAUUUCUGUAAAUAGUCUUUAAAUUUCUUCCAAUCUUCUUCCACCGACUCUUCUCCCUGGUCUCGGAUUCUGCCAGUCAUUUCCGGACUAUUAAGAGCUUUAAGCGCCCGCUCAAUAAUUGCUUUUUCACUUGGGUGUUUGCUGUGCAUUAGUGUCUGUUUUCUAAUUACUGAGAGUGAUAUGCUACAUUUAUUUAUGGCUUGUUGUGUAUGUUGUCUCCUUCUUUUUACUUAUACUCAUUUACUCUUAUCAGUGAUAAAUAAGUAAGUAAAACAUUUUGCAGGCAAAUAACUUUUGGGGGCUUGAUAAUAAGGCUUCUGGAGGGAUCAGAAUUUUUAGCAAAGAUUGUUGUUUGUUUCUUGUUUCUUGUCGAUGAAAAGUGAACUCUACAAAUUUUUAAAAAUACUUGUAUGCCACAAUUUAAUUUAAAAAAAUCAAAGCAGUUUUUACAGCAAUUAUAUCUGUAAAAUAAAAAAAAUGCAGUUGCUAACAAUUAGGUUUUAGGAUAGCAUACCAAACACUGGUUUUAUUUCCUGAGUACUGAACUGAGGGAAGCAAGAAUGGGAAUCAAGCCUUAGAAAUAUUCUGGGAUGAAGAAAUGAAAGCCUCAGAAAGACUCCCUUAAACCCAUUUGUUAAGGCUCAGAGUAUUAUGAGUUGAGUGACUCAUCUUCAAGGGCAAUGGAAUCAGUUUUAGUUAAGUUUGCCAAGACCAAAAUACUCCGACAUUCCAUUCCAACUUCAGCACAGUUUUGUUUACUAGAUCUGUGGGAUGAUCAUUUGAAUAGUUUCAGCUCUCGGGAACUCUUGACAUAGAGUCAGUGUUGCCUAGAACCUCAGUUGCCCAGAAAUGGAAAACCUUGCUGGAUUUGUGGUGUUUGUUUUGGUAUAAAAAUAUGUGGAGUUUGGCAUUAGCUGAAAAAAUAAUUAAUAAAUUAUGUGUUGCCAGAAACUUGGAGGACCCUGAAAAAUUAUCUUACAUACAAAAAAUAAACACAUAGGACUCAUUCUCCACAAUAAAAUGUGAAAUUCAUCUUUCCUAAUGGUCUUAAGUACUUUACCAACUUAAUAUUAAGUCUCACUUGAAUAUACUGUGCUGCUUUUUAAUUUAUUUGAUUUUUAUUGUACUGAUGAUUUCCUUCAAUAAAAUGUUUAAAAAAGAAAAAAAGAUGACUAAAUUAAUUCCAAGGCUGCCAAAUAUUUUACAGCAGUGAUGGGAAACCUGUCACCUUCCAGAUCAUGUUACACUCCAACUCCCCCUUCCCCACCUACCACAUAGUCAGAGAUGAUUGAGUUGUAGAGCUGCAGGUUGUUCAUCCUGGGUUUUCUGGAUUGUUUUAUCUGUUCAGUUGCACUUGAUCCUUUUGAAGCUGCUUCAUCUCUUCAUUCUUUUGCUGGUAUUUUCCUUUUCUUACUGUAUUCAGCCUAGGACUAUCCUGGCCACCCUUUGUUGGUUUGGCCAACCUUGACUGCAUUGUGGUAGCAAUAGUGAUUCUAACCAUGCUUCCUUUGCUGUUGUAGAGUGUCUUCAAUGUCAAGGCGGAGCAGGACGAGGAGUCAGAAGAACAGAAAGAGAAAAAGCACAAAACAUAUGUGGAGAAGUAUGAGAAGCAAAUUAAACACUUUGGUAAGGGAAAACUCUGCACUGAUCUGAGAGUACUUGGGGUUAAACAGCUUCUUUUUCUGUGGCUAAGAGCACUUGAGAUCAGUGUGGCAAAUUGCAGAUACAACCUUUGUGGACUGAUAUUCAUUUGCUGGCUGCCUUGGUUCUACCAUCUGUCUGUCUGGUCGUUUUAACUGUAUCUAGUUUUAAAAUUAUUUUAUGUUUUAUGGGUCUUUGAACCACAAUAAAGUAUUGAUUGAUAUUCAUUUGCAGUUAGGUGGACUUGGUGUGGCUGGCUUGUAAUUCUAGCUUAACGUUCUUUCAAAGAAGAUCAGAAGAAAGGGACUCUGCAGUCAUGAGUACCAGAAACCAAUGAGUAGUUGUACACAGUCAGUAUGGUCUCUCUGUCUUCCCUAUGUGCAGGGAAGCAGGGUGCUCUGGACCCCCUUCAGCGAAGUCAGAUAGCUCUCACUGUAGUUAGGAGACUGUGUAGAAAUCUGUCUGGUCACCCAGAGCUGGAUAACAGGAUGUUAUGUUCUGUGCCCUACCUUGACUCAUGUUCUACUGCAAUCCCUUUUUGUUUGCUUAUAUCAGGAGAACAUGGGUAUCUGUUUUUCCCGGUUACAAAAUUGGAUUAGGUCCUAUUCUGGGAGAGGGAAUGGUACAGUAAUCAACAUAACCAUGUGCCUGAUCCUGUCAGGCUGCAGCUAAAGGUAACUGGAGCUUGCCUGGUCCAGCUGGCAGCAUUGAUUGGAUUGGGGACUGCCAAUUUCCAGCGCCUACUCUGUAAAUAAUACAUUGGAGUAAUGCAUCUAGAAAAAUGAGGAUGUGCAGAUGUAAUACUCCAUGAGUUGCUUACAACCUAACCCUAAACCAACUCCAACCGUAACCCUAAUCUCCAGCCCAGCGUUAGGAUAUUGGAAGAUAUGCUUUGUUUUUCAAUGACCAAAUUGCUUUUUCUGUGCAAAACAAGACAGAGUCUCUUAGGUCUUAACCAUGCUUUAGGAAGACGCCAAAGUGAGCAAUUCCUGGUCCCCAUACAGUAUGAAACUGUAGUUGGGGGGGGGGGGCAGAAGCAAAAGCUUCCAGUCUCCUUGUGGCUAUAGUUGAUAAAGUGAGAGGAGAGGAGCGUUUGAGCCCAAUACUUGGCAGCCUUGCUACUGUAGUUCUAGACUGGUUUAUUGCUGCUUCUGAACCCUGCCAUUGCAACAAGGACCAGCAAUCACAUUUUGCAUUGAGGACUGUGUUCACAAAAAGGCAAGCCUUUUUAGCACUCGUGUGGAAUAAGUUUCUUAUACUGUGUUUAAGAAAAUAAAAGCAGCUCUGCUUGAUCAUUUAAAAAUAAAUAGCAUUAACUUACAUGAACAUCAAUGCAUCUUACAUGAACAUUGAUUCAGGUUAUAUAAAGUAGCUUUUAGAAACCAGUAUCCUUCGCCCUUGUACUAAUUGACCAAUUGCAAUUUUUUCUUUGUUUUAAUAAUCUUGUUACUAUAAGGACUUAACUUCUUUAAUAUUAUGUAUGUUCCCAAGUCAAACUUCAUCACUAUUCUGGCUUCCCCAGUUGCUGCUUAUGUGUUUCCUGUUAUAGGACUGUAAAGUGCUAGCAGUUUUUUACAGUGCUGUCAUCUGUGUGUUAGAAGUCCAAAAGCCUGGUUAGGAAAUUACACCCCGCCCCCAUCUGAUUUUUAUGCUCCUAUUUUCUUGUUCCAAAAGGAAUGCUGCGGCGGUGGGAUGACAGCCAGAAAUAUCUGUCUGAUAACCCGUAUCUUGUGUGUGAAGAGACAGCCAAUUAUUUAGUCAUUUGGUGUAUCGAUCUGGAAGUAGAAGAGGUGAGUAAAGCUGAUGUAGCUUUUCCAGAAGCUGCAGUGGAAAAGACUGAGGACUGUCAGUGUAUGACUCAAAACAAAUGAGGACAGUGUGUUUGAGAAACUUUGGUGACUUCAAGGCAAGCCCUUAAGGGCCUCCUGCCUGCAUUUACAUGCAAUCCCCAUUUACACGGGGGUUAUGUUCAAAGGCACCACACAUUUAAGUGAAAUCACUUGUAUUUGAAACACCAUUGAAAAAGCCUGCAAGCACCCUGUUAUGCCCCUUUUUAUGAUGUUUUAGGGUCACUUCUAGGUUCGGCAUGAUGUGCGUUUGCGCAGUCGCACAUAUUGAACGUUCGUAAAUGGGGUUUGCCUGUAUUUCAGGUCUUAUUAUUAAGGUUCCAAAUAAGUAUUUAGAUCUAGCAGUUGCUUCAGUACUAGGAGUUAAUAGCAGAGUUUUCCGUGAACCUGCUUCAGUCACUUUGUGCAGUUUGAUGGCUGGCUACCUCAUAAGCAGCCAAUGUGGUUCUUCUGUCACAUUUAACAGAUUGCUUGAACCUGUUGUACAAGAUUUAUUUCCUCUGACAGUGGAAUUAUUUCAAGUAUUGUUUUGUGUCUGGUACUGUAGCGGCUGGGUCUUGCUGAGUCAGCCACUGCUGUCUCACUGCCAGCUAUAUGCCCAGAAGAAAAUUCCAAUUUUAGAGAUGGUCUCGUGAAUUUGCAAAAAAAACACAAAACCACAGCAUUGAUUCUAGAUACUAUCCUGGGAAAAUGAAGGGACCAGGAAGGCAGAAUGCUGUAUAAUUGAUGGACAUGGUUCUGGGUCAUCUGGUAUCCUAUGGUUGUAACCUUGGGAGCCUGAAGCUGAGAUGGAGGGAGGGAGGAUUGGGAGUGAGUUUUGAAUGACGUUCUUAAUGUAAUCAUUUGCAUGCUGGGCCAGGCUCAAAUGACAUAUUGACAAGGGGAGUGUGAGUGUGUCUUUAAAAGUGCAACUCUUCUUUUGUCGCCUGUCUCAGAAACAUGCCCUGAUGGAACAAGUGGCUCAUCAGACCAUAGUGAUGCAGUUCAUCCUAGAGCUGGCUAAGAGCCUGAAAGUUGACCCUAGAGCUUGUUUCAGACAGUUCUUUGCUAAAAUCAAGGUGAGACUAUUGCCCAGGUAAUAGAGGAAAACCUUAUCUUGGCUCUCCCCCACCCCCGGACCAACUUUGACAGGUGAGUUGAACCAUUCACCUGUCAGUCACAUGAUGUCAUAAUGACGUCAGAUGAGUAAUAUAUGAAAAUUGAAAGCUGAUUGGUGUUAGUUAGCUGAUCAGUACCUACACAGCUUGAAAGAGGUUCUCUGUGACUACCAGUCAACUGAUCAUUGAUUAUACUGGGCCCCUUUGAAGUCUCUGCAGAGGGGGUAAUGCUUCUAAAAACUCAUUUCUUCUGGUAGUUCAGCAGAGUUCUGGCUUGAGUGUAUUUAUCAAAUAGCAUGAUGUAUUUAGGUUUUGGCUGGCAUUUUAUGGACAAGUUCAGCGUAACAUCUUGUAAAGUUUGAUUUGGUCCCCUGUUAAAGGGCAAGAUAUCUGCUCAGUACUGUGUUCUCAUGUGUGUCCUCCACCACUUUCUUACCUGCCACCUUUUCCAAUUUUGUACAGACUGCUGACCAGCAGUACAUGGAGGGUUUUAAUGAUGAACUGGAAGCCUUCAAAGAGCGGGUGCGGGGCCGGGCUAAGGCACGCAUUGAGAGAGCCAUGAAAGAGUAUGAAGAAGAAGAGCGCCAGAAACGACUGGGGCCUGGUGGCCUUGAUCCUGUAGAGGUGUAUGAAUCACUCCCACCCGUGAGUCACUAAUGCUUCUAACUGAACAAAUUGAUUGUAUGAGGUUAACCCUUUUGCUUCCCUCUGUGUGUGUGUGUGUGUGUACGCACGUGCGCAUGGUGGUUAACUUGCUUUUGUCCAUUCACUCUUGGCCUAUCCUUAGGAGUGGGGGUGAGUGUGAAAGCAGACAGCGUGGCCGCAGAACAUUUCCCACACAAGCACACAGCCUCUCAGCCAAUCCGUGUAGAUUAGCUGAGGCUUCCCUCAUUACCCUUUUUUAGCCUGUGAGAUGUGUGAUGACUGGGGAGCGGGCAAUUUAUAUGCCUAUCAAGGUUCUUGGCUGAACAGAGGUGCUGUGACUACCUGUGUAUUUUUUUCUCUGCUGCUGCUGCCACCUAAAUCGAUAUCGUCUUGUGAGCUCAGAAGAAAACAUUUGGGGCAAUGGGUCUGGCUCCCAGGCUGGAGGGAUAGCCACCCCAGCUUAUAUUCAAUUUUAACCUUAUUUUAGCCCCAGGGUUCUAGCCAUUUCUGUUCUUAUCUAUCUGCACCUUGGGGUGUAUGGGGUGUUAGGGGAAGAGGAGUACUCCUGGCAACGGACAACGGACACAUCAUGCUCCCUCUAAGGUAGUUUGUCCAACUUUGAUCUCCAUCCUUCACUUUGCUCUCACCUGUGGCUCCUAGAAGCUUGUUGGCGUUCCUGCACUGCAGUGGGUUGAACUAGAUGACCCUCAGGUUUCCUUCCAAUGCUACACUUUUGAGACUCUAGAGAGUUUACUUUAUUAAUAGCCAAUUUAUUUGUAAUUGAAUGCAGGCCUUUCUGCUUGCACAGCAUGUGCUCUGCCUCUGAGCUUUAGAUAGUCUGUACUGUAUACACUGGGACGCGGGUGGUGCUGUGGUCUAAACCACUGAGCCUUGGGCUUGCCGAUCAAAAGGUUGGCGAUUCGAAUCCCCGUGAUGGGGUGAGCUCCUGUUGCUCGGUCCCAGCUCCUGCCAACCUAGCAGUUCGAAAGCACAUCAAAAUGCAAGUAGAUAAAUAGGUACUGCUCCAGCAGGAAGGUAAACAGCAUUUCCAUGCACUGCUCUGGUGUUGGGUUUUUUUAUGCCAGAAGUGGCUUAGUCAUGCUGGCCACAUGACCUGGAAAAACUGUCUGCAGAGCAGACAAACACUGGCUCCCUCGGCCUGUAUAGCGAGAUGAGCGCCACAACUCCAGAGUCAUCCGCGACUGGACUUAACUGUCAGGGGUCCCGUUACCUUUACUGUUUCUACAACUCAAGAUUUCUGCAGUGCUUUCAUCUCUUCCCCUCUAUAUACAUGCAUACUUCUUCUUCCCAGGAGCUCCAGAAAUGCUUUGAUGUGAAAGAUGUACAGAUGCUUCAGGAUGCUAUCAGCAAAAUGGAACCUGCUGUGAGUAUUCUCAAAGUUAGGAUUAGACUCCUUCCUUUCAAGUUAUGGGACUAUGUAUCCAGAUAGAUAUAGGAGAUGUUAAUUUAUACGUUUAAACAUGUAUGAGCACUCUUUGCCAUUACUCUCCCCUCUAACGCAAGGCUUGAAGACGUGCUCACAUCUGCCACAGUCAAUAAUUAAACUUCCUCUGUGCCCUCCAAAUCCGUAAAUUGUGUGAUUUUUUGCAGCAGCCCAUUUUGGGAAGUUUGGCGCAUACAAUUCCGUGCUGAAGCACCCUAAUCUACACAGGUACCAUAAGCAUUAUUGACCUUCCACUACACAGCUUAUUAGCUGUGUUUGGUACCCUGCUUAAAUUUCAGCAUUGCAUGCUGGCUCCAAGCCUGAUAAGCUACUGAAAUAAGCACCUGUAUAUUUUACAUUAGGAAUCAGACUUGCAGGGGGAAAUCUCCCCUUCUAAUCAAAUUUCUUUUUUCUAACCAAAAUUUUCCUUAAGCAUAGAGCCACUUGAGGGAAUUUUGUCAUCAUUUCUAUAAGAAAUUGAUACAUCCCAACAGAAGCUUCCCUUUUGCCUGUAAAGACCUAUGGUUUAGUGCAGUGAUGGCCAAACUUGGACCUCCAGCUGUUUUGGGACUACAAUUCCCAUCAUCCCUGAGUACUGGUCCUGUUAGCUAGGGAUGAUGGGAGUUGUAGUCCCAAAACAGUUGAAGGGCCAAGUUUCGCCAUCACUGGUUUAGGGUAAGAGACUUUAUGCCUCUUGUAUACUUUGCUAUAGCAGCCUCUGCUGCAGAUUUGUUUAAACUACUUACCUUAAAGACUAUUCUUGAAGUUCACAGUCUUGCUUUAUUUUCUAACCUUUCAUUUUAGGAUAAAAGACAUUCAAACUUAGUAAUAGAUGAGCUCCCCUUAGCUCAGUUAGGAAUUGGUAUUUACUCACGUUCAUUGCAAAAGUUUUUAAAGAGCUUACCUAUUUUCCAAGAGAUCUCUCCUAGUUUGUAAUGUUAGCACAUCUGCUGAUGGAGUUGUGCAGGCAGCCUGCAGACUGCAGUGUUAUGUUGCCUUCCUGGGAAUUGUAGUUUUGGUUAAAUGCCACAUAUUGGUCAAAUACUCCUCUAGUUCAGAGAUCAUGAACCUUUGACUCCUAUUAAAAAAGAACAACAAUGUUUUCCAAGCAUUUUUCAAAGCUUUAGGUUUUAUCAGUAGUUUCCAUUGCUUAGAAGCCUAAUGAAUAAGAAUUCCUUAGAGUUGUUAGGUCAUGUAAAGUGUAACAUGCAUAUGGCCCUUAAGCAGGAUGUGUUUUGUGUCCCAUUGUAGGAAGCGAAAUACCACAUGCAGCGCUGUAUCAGUUCUGGCCUGUGGGUGCCAAAUGCCCGAACAGCAGAGGGUGCAGAGAAGGAUGACAAGCCAGAUGUUGUCUAUGAGGAAUUUAAGAAGGAGACUUGUGAAGAAGACAAAGGAAGCCCCUGAACCUUUGGCGCAGAUUUCUUUAAAGCAGACUUCUCCUGUCACCCUCUCUCCUUUCUUUCUUUUACACCAAACUAUUCAGCGAUGAUGUGCUUUUACACACUUCAUGAAUUAUAUGAGCUGCUUCCUGACUAGCUCUUGCUCUUUCACCACAUCAGAAGCCCCUCCCUGUAAGCCCUGCAGAAUUGUAAGGAAACUGUUGGAAGGCCCUGUGUUCCAUUUUAGGGGAGGGUCUGCCACACCGUGCAGGCUCAUAGGGGCCUGGCAGGUCCACCUCCUCUGUCUUGUGGUAACGCCAGUUGGUGUCAUAGCUACAAAUGUGCUGUUAUAUCUUUUUGUUUGGCAACCAGUUAAAGGCUAUUGAGCAAAUAAAGACGGAACUAGCUGAGAGUGGAACGGAGUCAGUGAGCACGGUGUGUCUUUUCUCUUGGGAAUCGAACCAUUGAUUUUGUUGUUGUUUAGUUCCAGAUCAGGAUUGACUGCGGGAACAGCCGGGGGUGCAUAGUCCAGUGACGGAAUACAUGAAGGUGCGCAAGGUGCAAAUUUGAUCCCUAGCAUCGCCAGCUAAUGCAUCUUGGGUAGGAGGGCUGGAACAUGGAGAGAACUGCUGGGCAGUCCGAUUAAGCAAUACGGGGCUAGAUAGAACAGUGAUGUGACUCACUAAUGGACAGCUUGUGGUACACCACCCGAGUUCCAGUGUGGGUUAGUGGUAGCAAAUUUAGGGCUCAUCCACUGACACAUGAUUUUUGAUGCUUGGGCAAGAUACCAGAACUAUUGUGUCUACUUUCAAGUCUGUUAGAAUUACCUGCCGGGCCCUCGGAGCCUGUUUCACUUUGCACUGUGUGGUGCCUUGUUGACGUCCCCACCACGGCUUGUAUAGAUAGCCUGUCUUUUUAAAGGCCAAAGCUGUAGAAAGAAUGCUUCAAGCUCUGCAGGAGUGUUCAGGGGGCAGUUCCCUUACUGCAUCUUCCUGCAGGGCAAGGGGGCUGGACUAGAUGACCAUAAGCAUCCCUCCCAACUCUGCAAUUCAACGUGUAAGAGCAAGAAAGACUCUCUUGAGUAUUACACCAUAGGGAAGGACUUUACAGUACAUAGAGAUUGCAGUGCAUUAUAAUGCACAGACAUUUCUCUUCAGUCUCCCACAGUAAAUUGUAGCGUUAGACCAAGAGCCUCUCUCCAAAAGAGAUCUGACUGUAAAUUUCCAAAGGUGGCUGGUGAUGGACCCGUAGCCUCUGCAACCUCCCAGAACAAUUCAAUUGUUUCCUCAGAAUCAGGGUCCCAGCUGAGGUGGCCCGCUGCUGUGGGGGACAUUGUUCCUAUGGCUUCCCCAUCUGAGGAAUCAGCAGAAUAAAGAGGACUGGGUACUCUCUAAGAAAGCCUUUACUUCUAUGUAGCUGGGUGUCGAACUUCCACUUCCAAGCCAAGUAAUUAGCCUUAUGCCAGCCUCUCCUCAAGUCUAUAGGGUGAUAAAACUGUUGUCACCUGACCUGCACUGGGAGCUAAGUGGUAAAGAACUGGAGCGUUCGCCCUCCCAUGUGAGGGCAAAAAGGCUUAAUUUAUGUCUGUCCUGCCUAGUGGGAGGGACAACUCAUGCAAGGAUCUCCUCCAUUCUUUGCAGAAAAUGAACCUUUAUGGCAUGCCCAAUGCCACCUUCUCUCAGAUGUUGGUUUUAUGUAUUCUUGCAUCAUAAUGAUAGCCUAGAGGGGAUCACAUCAGUAUUUUACCUGAGCCUUUAUUCUGAACUGAUGAUUAGUGUUUUUGCUUUGCUUUUAGUUCUCUUUCAGGUAUUGGUUCCAGGGGCUUGAGCUAAAAAAUAAAAUAUUCUGUCUGGUUCUUGGUAAAGGUUGAGUUCUGCCUACACCUAAGUCAACAUCAUUCAUUGGAAUAAAUUAUAUUCUUGCUUUAAAAAGUUGCAAAUAACUGUUUAGCGUUUCACAAAAUUUGCAGGGCAAAAUAAUCGGUUUGCAGCAUUCCUAUCUCACUGCCAUGGAAAGUAGGACAAAUGCUGUAGGCCACUAUAGAUGCUGCAGUUUUAGCUACAGGGCAAUAAGUAGCCGUUUUGAAACAGGAAUAUUUUAAGUUGUCUUGGGCAUUUUGUGGGCAGAUGGAGUAUAAAUCAAACUUGGACCAUACUCUUAAUUGCUUCUCCCCUACGUUUGCAGGCACUUUCUUAAAGAACUAAUUUGCUGUGAGUGCAGUCCAAGCAUGGGCAGGGAGCGAAUACCCUCAUGAACAGGAGGGCAGAAAACCAAGGCCAGUCAUGAUUCAGGAUGUUUAGCAAACAUGUUCUCCAGAUCUUGGGAGAUGACCUGGAGCCAACCAGAAGCAAUGUUAGGAGAGAACAAGCAGCUUCCCUAGGCCUGGGAAAGAGAGGUGGUUUGUACAGGAAAUUCCAGGACCUAUGCAUUAUAUGUGCUCAAUAUCUACAAGUACCAGACUUCUUAAAUUCCUGUUCAUACAUCCUGUGCACAGGCAUGAAGCUGCUGACUGGAAGCAGGAGGAAGAUAAAACUAAUAACCAGGGAACAUAGAGAUCUUGUUGACGGUGGGAGCCGGGGCUGGUGAGAUUGCCCUACAGAUCCCAAAACAUGGGAGCAAAUGUGACGGGGAGAGAAUAUUGGUUUCUGCAUUAAAUAGAACUUGACACUCUUGGUGAAUGGGAGUUGUAUAUAGUCAGAAUACAUGUCGGGGAACCAGCAUUAACCUGUUGUAAGGCUUGUAGCAUUUCUUCUGUAACUGGGAUGACAUCUCCGGGUAGUUUGUGUCCUUGUAAGGCAGAAAACAAUGGUGACAAGGUGCUAGUAGGCAGAUUAAGGUAAUUCUUUAUCCAAUUCAGGUGUCCCAAAAGUUGUUGAAGGUCAACCAGCCGUAGGCGGGCAGGAAAAGACAAUUGGGGAACAACCGGAAUGGCAGCUUGUUGUGUCAAUUUAUGUCCAAGAUAGGCAAAGUUUGCUGAACCUUAUCUGGGGCAAUACACAGUCCAAAAUCUGUCAGGGCAGAUGUAAGGUCUCUUAAUAAUUCCACUGAUAUGUGCUGUGCAGCCACAAGGAUAUCAUUUGGGUGGAGGCUUUGACAGGCUGGCGCUUCUCCCCCGACACCCAAAACCUGUGCAGCUGCCUUUGUGGGCCAUUCGGGAGGCCAGUCUUGUUUAGCAAUCACAGUAACAUCUGCCCCUGUAUCCAGAACCCCCUCCACCUCACGUCCACCCAGUGUCAUUUUUAAUGUAGGGCGCUGAGCUGUGAGAGGCAUUGCAGCAGCAAUUAAGGGGGGAUUUGUAGGAGUUGUGGUAUCCGCAGGGAGCAGUAUGACUUUAGCCACUGGCGUGCCAGAUGAAAAACCUAAGAGGGGGGCUGCUUGUUUAAUUGCAGUCCCCAGUGGCGUCGGCGGAGGCUGAUAAUCUGGUGGUCGUGGUGAAGUAAAAGGUGGUGGUAGAAGCGGUGCAGCCGGAUAUAUGAAAGGCAUAUUCAGGACUGUUUUUUGUUGUGGUGGCAACGAAGCCAAGAGGAUGUUUUUGGGCGUAAGAGUUGCUAUGCAGCCACGAACUUUAGCCCAGGCACUAAGGACGUGAACAUUUAUGCGGCCAUGGCCAUGAAAGUGGUCGCCAAUUUUGUCCCAGUCUGGUAUUUCCCAUGUCCCGUCCUCAGGGAACCAUGGACAAUGUUCAUCUAUGGCCAGAAUCAAUGCAAUUAGAUCACCUUCAGGUACUUGCUGUUUAUUUUCCCGAAGGAGGUGCUGCAUGUCUUUUAAAAAUUGUUUCUGAGGGUUGGAGAGCGCAGAACCCAUGAUAAAAUAGAAAAAUAGCUACUCACCGGGGAUCCGAAGAUGAGAAGGCGCCUUGAGCCACAGUCGGGCGGGUGAGUAGCAGGGAGGACCGUCUUUGACAGCACGCGUCCUGGAAGCCGUUCAGGCAAUCACACGGGGCACCAUUUGUCGGGGAACCAGCCCACCAGGUGCGGAGGAAAAUGACGAAGAGUCAUGGGUGAAGGUUUAAGCAAGGAGUGAGCUCUCUCUCCCAGCAGCCUUGCAUGUUUAUUAGCCUUGCGCACAUUACAUCAUGUUGCAUAUACACGUGUAGCACUCGGAUGGAAAACAGCUAGGGUAUGCAUUUCUUAGAAUAACUAUUCUCUACCAGGACAUAACUCCAGACAGCAUGACAGCCGCGUAAGCUUUGUGGUUAGGCAGCGCGACAGUGACCCAGGCAUGUGGGGGAACAAGUCAGCAGAUGCUUCCUCUUGCACAAUCUUGCACAAGGGUGCUAUUUUUCUAUUGCAUCCCCACAAAUACAUGCCAUGUUAUCUUGUGAACUGCCCUGAGAUCUUUGGAUGAAGGGUGGUAUACAAAUUUUAAUAAUAAUAAUAAUAACGCCAUGUCUAGCUAUAAAUGUUUGGCAGCCAGAAAUUUAGAUUGAACAAAGGGAACGGAAGUUGAAAGACAUUGCAGGUGAAAGCUAUCCCAUCUGCUGCUGCACGAAAGCCAUUGUGCAUGGGCUGGGCAUAACUAGGACUGAAUGUUCUACUCUUUGCUAAAAAAAUAAAAGGCAGCCCUAUGCCCAGGAAGACUGAAUUAUGUGGCUUUGCAUAAUUCCAUUUUGCAGGUGCUAGGAGCCCAGGAAGUAACAUUUUUGUUUCUGACAAAAAUGUGAUAUUGAUAAGUGAUAUUGAUGCAGUAUUAUGAGCUGGGAAUAAAAUGAUUAAAUAUUCCACCCCACCCCCCUCCUAAACUACAAGGUCUAUACAUAGACUUUACUCAGGUAUUUGUGCCUGACCAUAUUUAAAAAACACCAAUAAUGCACUGAAUAUUAAUGAUUCAAUAUCUCCAUUUAAUAAAGUAAAUUUGUAUAGAGGGGACACGCAAAACACUGCCAUUCUCCUUGCACAACAAGCUACCAGAGAGAGCCAGCUCCCUCUCAGACGCUUAGAAUCAAAGAAUUGUAGGGUUGGAAUGUACCUUGCAGGUCAUCUAGUUCCUGCAUUGCAGGAAUCUCGACUAAAACAUCCAGGACAGAUGGCCAUCCAGCCUCUACUUAAAAGUCUCCAAUGAAGGAGAGUCCACCACCUUCUGAGGGAGUCUGUUCUUGUUUCAGACUUGCUAUCCUCACUAAGAGUUUUUCCUAUCCUGUCCUAAUGAAGGCAAAGUUAAUGCUCCACUGAGAAACCCUGAAUUCUUAUGUAUUUAUGUGUGAGAACGCAGGAAGCUUCAUAACUCAGAUCCUCAUCUGCCCCUUGUUUUUUCUUUAAUCUAAGCCAUUGCCCAUUGCCUCUCUCCAAGUGUUAUCACCAGUGAAGUUUCUGGUCCUUUUUUUGCCAGGUGUGGCAGUGGCAGGGAGAGAAGGUAUUUGUUUUUUGAGAGAAACUCACAAUAUUAGUUUCAGAAUCCCUGUUUUAGCCCAAUAGCAUCUGACUUGCUGUGUGUGUUCUUUUCCAAGGCAGGAUAGAAUAGUAGUGAGAACCAGCCCACCUUUCUCUGUACAAUGAUUCUGGUUGUUUGCUUGGUCUUCAGAACACCUUGCAAAUUGUAUGGUUGAUGGCUUCUCUUGGAGUCAUGUAUAUCUUUGAGCGUGACUGUGCUUCACAAGAUAAUUUAGCUGUGUAGACCGAUAACCCUUUUUUGAGCUUUGUUAUAUUUUGCAUCUUUUUGACUUGCAGUCAUCUCCACUAAGUGCUUGAUGCUCCCAGUGUUAUAAAGAUACCCAUGCAAAUGC